UAAACAACAUUGGAAGCACAAGCAGUUGAGUACCAAUUGUCAAGGGGAAAACUCGACUUCCGAGCUGUCCUACCGCUCACUUCCACCUCCUAUUUCCCCUAUAACAAUGAUUGCGCUGUUCUCAAAACCGACACCUCCGCUACCUCCUCCCAUUCGAUCACGUACAGCACCUUGAAAGCUUCUCUAGCUCUCUAGACGCGCCCCAAUGUCAGACCCCAAGGCCGAUGCCCUCAUUGCGGAGUUCGCCUCCCUACUCGACGAGGUGCUCAUCAUAGCCCUAGUAAGCGAUUACGAUCUGAAUGAUCCGUCUCAACUAGACGCCGCCCGUACCACGCUACAGUCUCUCGCCGAGAAUGUCCUCGCCGAGGAGGCCACGGGGUUCAACCCCAGCGGCACCUCCGAAGCCUUCUCGCUCGACGGGUUCGUAGACGCAAAAGAGUCCUCGAGCAUGUCGCAUGAUUAUGAUUCGACCUCGCACGCGAAGGAUAGCGACUCCACCGCCACAACACUUACAACCCCGCCGUCCGACGGGUUUACCUCUGCGAACCCUGCGCCCCGCAUUCGAUCUUACGAGGGCAAGUCUGAGGAGACGCAGGUCGCACAUCUUCACGACAUGUUCGCCGAUCUCAAGGUGCAUGACGUGAAACUGGCCUUCAAGAAGGCCGAUGGAGACUUUCAGACGACUCUGGAAACCUUGCUCAACCUUCAGUUCCUGGAGUCCGCAGGCGAGCGCCAGAAGGGAAUCGACGGGUUCUUCCGCCCGGACGACGAUAGGCCUGCCAAAAAGAAGAGGAAAGGGAAGCAGCGCCGAGCUGGAUCAUCCGCCAUCACUUCCCCCACUUCAGCUCAUGCGGCAGACUCUCUAUCGCCCGCUGUGUCGGGAAGUGAGCUGAGGCGGCUGGAAGAUAUUCUCUUCGUGGCUGAGAAGCUCGACCUUCCCAUCGAGGAGGUAUCUAGCGUCUACAGUCGCAACGGCGGCUCCAGGGAGAGCACUAUUCUCGAGUUCCUAGAUCGCUACGCCCAGCGAGGUACCCAUGCAAGUGAUGCCGCGACGGAAGCUCGUAUAUCCGAACUAUCCAAACGUUACCAGAAGCUCCCCAAGCACUACCUGUCGCCCCUGGUCGGCCUGGUAGGAGAUAUACCCGAAACCGUGGAAGAGCUCGCCGCCCUCCUCGACGCAAACUUCUCCGACCUCCCGCCGCAACGCCUCGCCAUAAGCUACAACCUAAAACCGCUCACGGGAGAAGAACUCGAAGAACUACCCACCACGGCAGCAGGCCCCUCCUCCAAAGCCAACAAACAGCAGCAAACCGGCCUCCGCCAACCCGCCGCCGCCGCCGCCGCCGCCGCCACCAGCACGGCGACCAUCCUCUCCCCCGCCCCCGCCCCCACGAGCCGCAAACCGCCAAGCUACGAAGCAGCCCUCGACUCCGCCGCAAGACUAGCCGCCUCGCGCCACCACUCCCAAGCCGCCGCGGCCCGCAACUUCCGCAAAGGCGCCUCGCACCCGCUCUACCGCGCCGCCGCCUCCGUCUACGCCGACCGCGCCCGCGAAGAGACUCGCGCCUACCUCCGCGCCCGCGGCGCCGUCGCCGACGCCCUCGUCGCCGACCGCUGCGCCGCCUCCCGCGACCCGGACACCGUCGACCUGCACGGCAUCGAGGUCGCCGACGGCGUGCGCCUGGCCCUCGACCAUGCUAGGGGCUGGUGGCGCCGCUUGCCCGGCGAGUACCGCGCGCGCGCCGCGCGGGAGAGCCGCGGGCUCGUUAUUAUUACAGGGAUCGGGCGGCAUUGCGUUGGUGGGGUGUCGAGGCUGAGGCAGAGCGUUGCGGCCGCGUUGGUGGAGGAUGGGUGGAGGGUUGAGGUGGAGACGGGGCGCUUUCGGGUUAUGGGGCGGAGGUGAGAUUUUCCUCUACCCUUUGCCUUUUCUUCUUCUUUUUUUUUUUUGUUCAUAAUUUUUCGUCUUUUACAUGCGUAGCAUUUGUCGGAGGUGAAAGCGCUCAGGAUAUGAAGUGAUGUAUGGAAUAUGGGAGAGUCCAUUAUUUAUGGACAAAUGAUGGCAUGGCGGCCGAGUAUCCCCAGCUGCGUAGACAGAGUAAAUACACCACGCCUGAAAGAUAUGGGACUACGUUAGGUGUCAUAGAAUCAACAAUUUAACACUGCACACCAGUGA